UUUUUAAAAUUGAUUAAAGAAAUUAAAUUAAUAAAACAAUUGUUGAGAUAAUAACAUUACCACUGAUGGCAUCUGUUUUAUCACCAAAUCAGUCAACAGGGCCUAAAGGGUUGGGAGAUCCCGAGGACAAGACAUUAAGGAAAGUGGAAGAAGAAGUGUUAAUUCCGAAGAUAAUGCGAGACUUGGCUAAGAAGGAGAAGUGUACCGAAUUUGUCAAAGCUUUUGAAGAAUGUUGUAAAAAGAGUUCACUGUUGAUGGUUGUCAAGUGUCGCACAGAAAAUACAAGACUCAAGAAUUGUCUCAGCGAUUGGUAUAAUAAUGAAGACUUCAGACAUCACUGUCAGGAGAUAUACUUAAAUGAGAGGUCAGAAUAUAGACGAACUGGUGUUAAAUCAAAGACAAAGAGGAUGUCUUAAAUAAAUCAUUUUUUCAGACGUAUUAAAAU